AUGGAGCCAAAAGAAGCAAUAGAUGAAUUGUUAUUGAAAUUGCAUCUUUGUUUUGCUACAAACACAAAAAUAGGAAUAAUAGGAAGUGGACCAAGUGGAAUAUCAGCUGCUUAUGCAUUGGUAAAACUUGGUUAUACAAAUAUCACUAUUCUUGAGAAGUAUAAUUUUGUUGGUGGCAUGUGUGAAUCAGUUGAUAUUGAAGUAAGCAACAGCGGAAGAAUCAACAUGAAUAGCCUCGAGGAGGAGUUGUUCGGUAAAGUACAAACUAUUGACUAUUACACCACAGUCUUGAAGAUAACUGGAUUUGAUCAUAUACCGAUGGAUGGUUACUACUUUGGUGAGUUCAUGGAUGAUCCAAAAGCCAUCGGGAAUCCAGUUGCAAUGCAGAGAGUUUACAAUGACACGAACAUCUUCUUGUUCUGGUCUUAUGGUAACUCGGUCGACAUAGUAGGAUUAAAGGUCACUGAGCUCCAAAUAAAAGCUGUUGAAAGUAUGGGAGGCUUCGUUGAAAAAGUCGUUUUGCAACGAAAGUUCAAGUAUUUCCCUCAUGUUAACAGCCAAGAGGUUACUGCCACUGAAAUCAGAUUGUAUCCUUGCUUCUAG